CGGCGCGCCGAGUGAUUGUGAGGGUGUAGAAGCUCGAUUCGAGCAGGAGGCAUGCAAACCAUGCGCCACACCACUUUUGCGCUCACUCUGGCAGCCGUGCGAGCGCUCACGACGGCGCCGCUCCACGACGUCACGCCCCUCAUAAAGUCCGCCCCGCUCUCCAACAAACUAAACUGCGACGUCUUCUUCAAGAUGGACUGCGCCCAGCCACCUGGAAGUUUUAAGUUGCGAGGCAUCGGCGCGACCGUGAAAGAAGCAGUCGAGAACGGAGCGGACGGCGUCGUGUCCUCGAGCGGCGGCAACGCGGGCCUCGCGACGGCGCACGCCGCGCGCGCGCUCGGGAUCGCAUGCACGGUCGUGCUGCCGACGACGACGCCUGAUGCCGUCCGGCGCAAAUUAGAAAAGGAGUACGGUGCCGAAGUGAUUGUGGAGGGUGCGGUCUGGGAUGAGGCCAAUGAACGAGCAAAACAACUAGCAGCAGAGUACGAGCGCCCGCUUGUGCACCCCUUCGAGGGCGAGACUACUUGGAAGGGGCAUUCCACAUUAGUUCAAGAGGUCGAUGAGCAGCUCGCCGAGAUAGGUAAAAAAAUGGACGCAAUAGUGUGUUGUGUCGGCGGCGGCGGGCUCCUCGCCGGCGUGUUGCGAGGUGUUGGUACUAGGGACGACUGCGCCAUCGUGGCGGCGGAGACGCAUGGGGCGGACUCCUUCGCGCAAUCAUUCAAAGCAGGAACGCCGGCGACGAUCCCUAUAACCUCCAUCGCCAAGUCGCUGGGCGCGGGGACGCCGUCUCCCAUUGUCUUGCGGGACGCGUUAUCAUCGAAGCGCGUCCACCCGCACGUCGUCUCCGACGCGGCCGCGGUGCGCGCGUGCGUCAAUUUCGCGGACGAGCGGCGCGUGCUCGUCGAGCCGGCCUGCGGCGCGGCGCUGGCCUGCGUCUAUGGGGACGACGUGCCGGCCGUCUUGCAAAAUAGGCGCUGUGUGGUUGUGGAGGUCUGCGGCGGCGCCGUCGUCGGCGUGGAGCAGCUGGACGCCUGGGCGCGGGAGCUCCUCCAAUGUUAGUUUUAUUACACUGUGGCGGAACAUAUCAAGC